AUGGCAACGCGAACUCAAGACCAAUCUCUGAUCGCCUCAAUCUCCAAAUCUCACGGGGUCAAAGGUCCACUCUGUUUCUCAAUAGACAAGACAACUGUGAUCCCGGGAUAUGGGAGGCAUCCGUGGUUCAGUCAUGAACUAUUUGAUGAUUCAUUGGAGACUCCGACAUACAUACCCUCGGAGGAUAUGGAGGCCGCGAAAGAGCAACACUACAAGGCUGUUCUCUCACCGGCUCACACGGAUCCAGCUUUCUGGCGCGAUCUCCCAGUACCGAUAGCAUUGUCUGCUUUCAUCGCUGAGACUAGAUCACGAUUAAUCGAAGACCGAUACGCUAUGGUCGGAGAGAUUGGGCUUGAUAAACCAUUCCGGUUGCCUGUGCAGUGGACGGAUCCAAAGCCAGAGCCUGAUCCCGAUCGGACACCAGGAGGUCGUCAGAGGAGGCCACUCAGUCAACAUCGUAUCAACAUCACUCAUCAAAAGGCUGUGUUCAUGGCGCAUCUCAGACUCGCAGGGGAGCUUGCAAGACCCGUUAGUGUUCAUGGGGUGCAAGUCCAUGGAAUUCUUUACGAUACUUUGACAGAGUGCUGGAGGGGACAUGAACUUCGCAGUCGGCGUUCGAGGGAAAAAGAGAGGAAAGAGGGAAAAGCUGAACAACAACCGGGAGAAACUUCCAAACCCUACCCUCCACGAAUCUGUCUUCACUCAUUCAGCGGUAGAUCCGACGCUGUCAGGCAAUAUCUGAAGCCAUCUAUCCCAGCCAAGAUCUUCUUCUCAUUCUCAAAGACCAACAACCUGCGGUCGGAUGAAGAGAGGAAGAAGGCGGAAGAUGCGAUAAGGCUAGUGCCGGAUAAUCGGAUACUGGUCGAGAGCGAUCUCCAUACGGCUGGUGAGAGGAUGGACAGUGAGCUUGAGGAAAUGUACCGUGUGAUAUGUGAAGUUAAGAGAUGGGGAUUGGAAGAAGGGGUUGGGAAGAUUGCUGAAAAUUAUCGGGAGUUCAUUUUCGGUUGA